CCUAGCAGCAGUUUCUUUCAAAUUUGACAUAAUAUAACCUAAAAUUUUUCCCUCGGGGAAUUUCGGUAAGAAUUGCUUUUUGUGAGCUGUUUUAGCAACAGCAACGCAAGCCCUGUGAUCAACAUUAAGCCACUUUCAUCCAAACAGUGCGAAUCACUCAACUUGCCAUUGCGUCAGCAUCACACUAUUUGAAAAAAAUGAACCAAUACAGCAAAACCCCCGUGAUGGUCCUGCAGGAGCUGUGCAUUAAAAAGGGCUACUGCUCUCCGGACUACCAUAUAAUUUCCCAGAUAUCCGGGACGCAUAUUAAUCGGUUCGACUUUGUGGUGAUUGUGUGCGGGAUCCGCGGGAGUGGCUGCGAGAUCCGAGGGAGUGGAAGCGGUCCCUCCAAACAAUUGGGGAGGCACCAGGCCGCCCAUGACGCUCUGAUGCAGCUGCAGGAGCUGGGCAUCUACGAUCCUGCGGAGAACCCAGUUGAACCAUUCAAAGGCGAACUACCAUCAGCCAGUUCCCGUUCCUUCCGGCCAGGACUGAACUGUAUCAUGGACCUACAGGGCUUGUGCCUUGAAAACAAAAUGCCCUAUCCGGAAUUUGUGGAAAUUUCCAGCGUGGGGCCGCCCCACAACAAGGAGUUCACGUACGAAUGUAAAAUUGCCUCCAUUACGACAGAAGCCAAAGCCAGCAGCAAGAAAAACGCCAAACAACUCGCUGCCAAAGAAAUGUUAAUCAGAAUAAAGGAGCUGCUGCCCGAUUUGUUUAAGGAGCUGGAGCUCAUGCCGAACGCUUUGGCUGCUAAAUACUCCGAAGCCAUUUCGCAGUAUCAAGAAUUACGGGAGAUCGUCCCUGACAAGUCGGUCAAGAUUAGCGAUAUUUCGAAAACUCUGGCCAAACUGAUGAUGUUCAAGGGCUUGAAGUAUGAGGACUUCGCCGAGGACCUGAAACAUCCAUCGGAGGAAGCCUUGAAGAAGAUCCUGACCCCUCUGGAAACGGGAUAUAUUCUGGAGCAGUUCCAGGAAGUUCCAAUGUUGGCGAUUUUCGUACUGAAAAUCGACACACCCUUCACGAUUCUGGCGUCCGGCCGAGACUACGAGGAAGCCAAACGCAAGGCCAUCGAUCAAACCUUCGCCUUUAUGGACACGUUCAUGCAAUUCCAGGUGUGAACUCACCGAAAGUAAAUCACUUGAUUACAAAGUGCGUAAAAAAUCUUUAUUGAUCUGAGUUGACUAGAGAUACUGUUUUGUUAAUUAAUUGGGUAAAAUAACACAAGAACUGAACACAAA